AGUCAUCAGAAGGUUUCACCACUUUAAAGUGGAAGGAAGUGAAACUCGAUAUCACGUAAGUAAAACAUAUAGCUGCCAUCGUCAACCAGUCCAGGUUUAACGUGUAGCCUUCAUCACAUAAAGUACUGCGGGAUUAUCAAGCAACAGAGUUUUCGCCAGAAUGUCAGCAGACUCCAUCACUUCCAAGGAGACACAGCACGAUCCCAGCUCUGAUGUCCCCUCGGCAUCGAUGCAUUCCUACCAAGAAGAGCAGCCUCCAGCCUACUCUGAAGCCCCACCAGUGUACAAACCACCUCAGAUCUCUCGUUAUGAGUCUUUCCAUGACAUAAACCCACAGAUAUCAUCAGAAACGACUCCGCUGAUGUCCUCAUCUUCCUUUGAUGACGAGAUAGUGAGGAAAGGGUUUAUUAGAAAGGUUUUUAGCAUCGUGACGCUCCAGCUGCUGUUCACCUUCACUGUAGUGUGCGUGUUCACCUUCUCCAGCGUGGUCAAAGAGGCAGUGCAAUCAAACAUUUGGGUCUAUCUCAGUUCCUUCAUCGUCUUCGUUGUUGUCACCAUCGCCCUCACUUGCUGCAAGUCCUUCAGCCAGCAUCACCCGUGGAACAUUGUGGCACUGUUUGUUGUCACCGUGAGCAUGUCAUACAUGACGGGGACCAUCGCCUCCUUUCACAACACCACUGCUGUGAUCCUCGCUAUGGGAGUAACGCUGGCCAUUACUAUCUCAAUCAUCGCUUUUUCAGUGCAGACUCGUUAUGAUUUUACUUAUUGCAACAGUGCUUUGUUGAUUCUGGUCGUGGACGUUGGCAUGUUUGGAAUAUUUUGCACCUUCUACUACAGCUACAUCGCUGAAGUUAUCUAUGGAUGUCUGGGAGCUCUGCUGUUUUCAUUGUACCUGGUGAUCGACUGUCAGCUGGUGAUGGGGAGGAUGGCCUACAGUGCGGAUCCAGAAGAUUACAUCAACGCUGCUCUCAGAAUCUACCUAGAUGUAGUCCUAAUUUUCCUCUACAUCCUGGGGAGGAGGUGAAACUGCAUAUACAAAACACACGGACACUUCAGACUGUGGAUUAAAAUGUCCUCUAUCAUUAUGUGCUGUAUAUAAUCUCCUCGCAUCAUGUCACACAAAAAAAUCAAUGUUUGCAUAGAAUCUUGUCUUUGUCUCAGAUUUAAAGCCAUUAAAAAAUCUAACAAACAAAAACACCACACUUUAUGUUGAGUCAUUUAUUUUUUUUAUUCCCACUCUUCAAAAUUUAAAAAUCUUCAUCCUCAUAACAGAUCCAGAAGAAUAUUUGUGUUACAACAAACACCUACACUAAAACCAUCCUAUCGUUAAUAAUGAUAAUGAGACCUUCAACUGAUCCAAGGACGUUUAGUAAUAUACAUAUACAGGGACAAAAAGUAGUGCAAAAGUUUUUGUGUAUCCUCUCCAUGUCAAAGAGAUACAUUUAGUAUAACAAACCUCUGUCGAACAACAGCUUUUUCUUAUAAAUGAUACCAGGAUAUAAGAGAAACUGUAGAAAAUCCAAGAAAAAGUUUAAUUCAAAGUUGAUGUUUUCCCUCAGUUAGUCCCUCAUGGUUUCCUCAGACACUCAUUUACAUAUGGAGAUGCAGAACAUUCAGCAAAUCCUGCUGCCAGCAUCAGUGAUUAUUUUGAGUUAUUUCAAUCCAGCAGUCAAUUCUAUAUAAGAUGUCAAAGAAGUGAAAAUGCUGGCACUAAGCAAUAAACAACCCAUAUACAAGAUUUUCCUUUUUAAUAUAAUUUAUUGUAUAAUGAAACAUCCACUAGUCAUGCCUGUGAUAAUGCAUCUACAAUUUUUGUCUUGGAAAAAUCCUAAAACAAUUCAUUAUAUUAUCAAAACAGCUGUAAAUGAUUUUUCUCAGUUGAGCAAUUGCUGCAGCCCUAUAUGAAUGAGUGUUUUCAGGUGUAACAUCCAGACCCCACCCAUGCCCCAAAACAUAGAAGUUAACGCUACAUGAAGAAUGACUAAAAAGCCCCAAACAUUCAUCCAUAUUUCACGAAGGCCCACAGUUUCCAAGGCUUCACCACAGUGAUGAGUAGUUAAACUUUACACGCAGCAGGUACCUCAUGCGAGUCUGUGCAGGAUUGUAAACGAUGAACUCGUUGUAGAGGAGGGAGUAAGCGUUACAUUUACCCACUCCCGUCUUCACGCCA